AUGCCGUCCCUCGAGGCCAAGAUCGUCGUCCUCGGCGCUCAAGGCGUCGGGAAGACGUCUCUCGUCAUGCGCUACUGCAAGGGCGAGUUCAAUCCGGCUCAGACAACCUCGACCGUUGGUGCUAGUUUUAUGACCAAGAGGGUGGUCGACGCCGAUAGCGACACCGUCGUCCGUCUCCAGAUCUGGGAUACUGCCGGCCAAGAACGAUUCCGCUCCAUAUCACGACUCUACUACCGCGGCGCCAACGCCUGCAUCCUCUGCUACUCCAUAACCGACGCCCAAUCCUUCGCUGAAAUGGGCAUCUGGCUCAGCGAACUGCGCCAGAACCUCCCGGGAGACGUCGUCCUCCACGUCGUCGGCACCAAAGCCGACAUCGUCGCCCGCGACCCCUCCAAGCGCGAAGUCCCCUUCGAGCGCUGCAUCGCCUACGUAGCCGAGAACCUCGCCCCCGGCCUCGGCUCCACGCCACCCCCUUCCGCCUCCGGUCUCGCGCCUUUCCUCCUCCCAACCUCCGAUGCAAAUGCUUCGCGCCAACAUAGCACUCUGACGACCCCCGGCGCUGCUGCCGGCGAGCCUCGUAGCCCGAGUUCUAAGCGCAGCUCGGGGUUCUGGGGCCAGGAAGUCGGCUGGGACGCAUGCCACGAGAUCAGUGCCGAGAGCGGCGAGGGCGUCGAAGAGGUGUUCCGCGUCGUCACGCGGAAGCUCGUCGAGCAGAACAAGAAGAUGCAGCAGGCUUUGCUCACGGCCACCGCUGUCCCUGGAUCCCCCGGUUACGAGGCCGGCAUGGACGGCGGGUACUUUGAGUCUUUGAACCCGCGCACGAGCUUUAGGGUCGGCAGGGAUCGGAGGAGCUGGUUGUUCCCUCCUUCGUUUUCGCCAGUUGUUUCGGUGGAUCAGGAUGGGCAGUCGAGUGAGCAGGCGCAGCAGCAGCAGAUGGAUGGGCGUGAUAUGAGGGCGAGGAAGAAGUGUUGCUAA